GCGCCGACAAGUAUCAACGUUUCGUUGCUAGGCUGCGAUGGUGUCCGCCAAUAUCGGGAGCUAAACUAGCUGCGUUCCGUUCACUUAAGUCCCACAAAAGGAAGUUAUCGCGUUUCUGUUUAAUCCGUCGUUUCCCAGAUUAACUCGUGAAGUUCGGCCGGAGGAACGACGCCAUGGACGCGGUGUUUCUGCUGUGUUUGGCGCUGACGGUCGGAGCGUGGCUCGCCACCGCGGAGAGGCACAGCGUCUACUGGAACAGCUCCAAUCCGAACUUCCUGUGGGACGAGUACACGGUGCAAGUGCACAUCAACGACUACCUGGACAUCAUCUGCCCCCACUACAUGCUGGGAGAGGUGCCGUCGCAUGCCGCCGAGCGCUACGUGCUCUACAUGGUGGAGAGGGAGGACUACGAGGUGUGUAAGCCUCACUCGUUCGAUCAGCUCCGCUGGGAGUGCUCACGCCCCUUCGCUCCGCACGCUCCGGAGAAAUUCUCGGAGAAGUUCCAGCGCUUCACGCCCUUCACACUGGGGAAGGAGUUCAGGCCGGGGGAGAGUUACUACUACGUCUCCAAACCGAUGCAUCAUCACGGUGAGGAUUGUCUGAGGCUGAGAGUGGAUGUAGUCAGGCACAAAGGUGCUGCAAAGUCUCACCCAGAGAAACCCAAGGCGGAGGAGACAGAAAAGGAGAAGAAAGUUCCAUUUGUCCCUGCUGGAGGAGUCCAGAACCCCUCCUACCCAGCAGAUGAUCCUGUUGUGAUGGAGCCGAACGUUCAGAGGAGCACCGGCAGCUCCGCAGCGCGGCUGGUGUCUCCGUCGCUCCUGUUCACCAUCAUCCCUGUUUUAUUAGCCGGGACGUUCCACUGAGACUCACCCAAACAGACUCUUCUGACCCCAUGCUGGUUAUUGGGACAUCGAUUUUUUUAUAAGGAUCUUUUUUUAUUAUACGAGCGUCAGCUGUUGGUGUUGUUCAGUGUGUGUGUCGGUGUGUGUGUGAACGUGGAGCGUGGAUCGCUUCGAGCAAAAAGAACUUCAGAAUCUCUAACUUUUCCUUCUGACCUUUGAGGAUGAACAUUCUCAACUCUGACCGUUUAACGUUCGCGUUUUUGGAUGAAUAGGAACUGAAACUACAAGUAAAAUGAUCAAAAUCUCAUCUAAACACAAAAGAUCCGUCGCCUCACCAGUGUGCACCGUUGGUGCCGCGUCACCACUCGCUUUUCUUUCUCUACAUGUAGAGGAUUUAUGGAUGUGUGUGUAUUUUUGUCAGUAGAAGUUUUUUGCAUUUCUUAUGUCGCGUAGCACUCAGCUCCUGGUUCUCUAGUUAACGGUCUUAUUCAGUGUAUUUAUUCUGGGAUUGUUAAAAAAACUAUUUUUCAGAUUUAAAAAUGUUUGUAUUUGUCAAACAUUUAUAAAACACUGGUGAAAUAAAAGUAUUUAAAGUGACUGUAAUGAUUUAAAUUACAUGUUAUUUAAUACGCCAUGAGGCGUAGGAUUCCAUAGGAAAUAUGAAAUCCACCUUACGGAUCUGUGAGGUUAUUUUAACCAGAAGAUUGGAUCUUUUUAUUGCAGGGAUUAGAAAACCGCUUUGUAUUCACUCUGAGACAACAGAAGAGCGAGUCGAGUUUAAAAGUUUAAAGAUUUAUUAAAAACUAAUUAAACGAGACUGACUUUAACACUAAAUGUAUGGUGUAACUAAGGUGGAUGAGACGGGGAAUGGGGUGAGGUGUGAUGUUGCUCAGAACCAGCCAAUCCGAAGAAGCGAUUAGUUCUGAUGGGAGCUGAAGGUGAUGUCUUCGCGUUAAGCUUUGGUUAGGAGAUUCAUAAACACAUUCGACGCCAUUUCGCCGGCCUACGUACCCUUAGCGGGAGCCCCCGUUAGAUCAGGAAUGUCGAGGUCCAGCUGGAACCGAAGCCGGUAGGAAAAGCAGCGGUUGCCGACCAGACCAGUCUGUGAGACACUUCUGGGUCACGACAAUUUUUUUUUUGGCAUCUGGUGAGACCCGAACCUGGGUCGUGAUGGUUCAGCUUUUAUUCUGAAAGGAACCGUUGCAGCAGGUGGAACAGCAACAGAUUUUAUCCAGCUUGUCGUUGGUUCUUUCGGCUGAGGAGGAACGUUACGGAUUGGCCACUCCGACAACUUCUCUAGAACGCUUUGAACUGGCGUUAAAGAUGACGUGGGCAUAGUUUUAUAAUUAGGAUGUUUUGGUUUAUGGUCGAAUGAAAAGAUGACAGAUUUACCAAACACCACCAAAACCACGCCUCCAUCUGAUCUGGCAGAUUCUGAUUGGAUCAGUGAAACCAAUGUGUCAUGUCUUAACGCUACGUGAGAUCAGUCCUAGUGGAAACAUUUAAAGUCAUGUUACUUAUUAUAUUCUAUAGGAUUAUAAUAAAGUAACUAAUAUUUUGAUUUCACAGAUUGGUCACAUCUUAUUUAUUGCCUAACACUUUGCGUGAUCAGCUUAUUAAAAUAGAGUUCUUUGAUUAUUAAAUGGAGAGAGUCCAUUCUUCAUUCUUCUGUUGAGCUGAAAAGAAAGCAGGUUAUAGCAAAUCCAAGAGACCAUAUCUCAUGCAGACUAGUCCUGUGUCAGAGGAGAGGGAGAAACAGUCAUUUCAUUCUGCUACAUGACUCACGGUAAUAUAUUUGUUCGUAUUUCUCGUGUCAAAAGUUCUCGUCUCUAAAUUAAGAGAAAAAAAUGAGAAAAUCCACAAAGAGUUUCAGGAGCUGAGCUUCAUCACCACUUCAUCUCACUGAUACGGUCUGGCUGGUUUUAUGGUACACUGGUUGGUGUUGGCAGAAAUCAUCCUGCUCGCACAUCAUCAAACCUCAAAAUGAAGGGGCUUCCCACAAUGCAUUCUGUCUGUGUUGUUGUUUGUGCUUGUUCAUGUUCAUAUGUAAAUUUGUACAUAAAGAAAAUUAUACGGCACUGUUUUAAGAUGUGAAAAAGUUUUUGGUGAAAUAAAAAACAUGUUCUAAUGAGAAAAA